CGGGAAUUCUGGGAAGCGGAGUCCCGGCGGCCGCUGUGGGCAGAGUCACUUCCGCCGCAGGUGUGCGAGGCCGCGGCCUCGGUUGCUCUCAGAAAGAUGGCUGCAAUGGCCGGGGCUGUGCCAGGCUGAAGCCAGGAGCCAGCAGCUGCCUGCGGGCCUCCCGUGUGGGUCGGCAGGGGCCCGAACACUUGGUCUGUCUUCCGCUGCUUUUCCCGCAUGCGUUGGUAGGGAGCUGGGCCAGGCGGUGGAGCAGCCCGGACACCAGUUGGCGCCCGGAUGGGACGCCGGCGCCACAGGUGCACCUUGGCCCGCUGCUCCACCGCGCGGCCCCGUCGUCUGCAGCGUGGCUGCAUUCUGUCUGAAACACUUACAGUCCAUGUUUGGGCUUUAGAAAUGAUUGCGGAUUAUAGAGUAUAUAGAAAGCCUAUAAAGAAAAAGCAUCCGGAUCACAGGACGUGGCAGUGACGUUGUUAUUUUUGUUUUCUUUUGUUUAUUUUUACCUGAGCUUUAAAGCUGAGGUUUCAUUGGUUUUGUUUCUCCUUUGUGUUUUUUUUUUUUUUUUUCCUAAGAUUGAUUUAUUUAUUUGAAAGUCCGGGUCUCCCACGUGGGUGCAGGGGCCCAAGGACCUGGGCCAUCUUCCACUGCUUUCCCAGGCCACAGCAGAGAGCUGGAUCAGAAGUGGAGCAGCCGGGACUAGAACCGGCGCCCAUGUGGGAUGCCGGCGCCGCAGGCCCUGCCUCACCCACAGUUCCCGCUGAGCUUUUCCCUCUCUCCCUUCCCAGUCCCUUCCCUUCCACAGCUGGCCUGGGGGUUUCCCAGGAGCAGUGGAUAAGGGACCCAGCCUGGAGGAUGAGCCCUCAAAGAGAAACUGCAGGUUUCCGAGUCUCCCCAGGCGGUGGGGGCGCAUUCAGCCCCGCCGGAGCCCUGCCAGGCAGGCGUCCAUCACCAGGGAGAUCCCGGCGGGCCGCGGCCCCACGGGGAGGAGAGCAGAGCCUUGUCCGGGGUUCCCCAGUGGGCCCCGGCCGCGCCGCUGCCCAGAGCUGUGCCUGUGAGUGUGCGUGAGUGUGUGUGAGUGUGCCUGUGAGUGUGUGUGUGUGUGUGCGUGUGUGAGCCCUCCUGGGGCCAGGGCAUCGUGAGUAACAGGGCCGACGUGGUAGUCCAGGAGGCAGGACUCGCUGCAGGGUGUGGAGUGCGGGCAGCAGGUGGCCACUGGAAGAGCGGCCCUGGGGUGGGGGUGGAAUUAGCGUCCCGGGAGUGAGCUGGCGGCGGCGGCAGCCGGCUUCCCGCCCUGCGUCUCGUGCUUGCUGUCCUAGGCGAUGGUGACCUUCCAGGACGUGGCCGUGGUCUUCAGCGAGGAGGAGCUGCGGCUGCUGGACGCGGCGCAGAGGGCGCUGUACCGGGCUGUGAUGCUGGAGAACUUCCGGAACCUGCUGUCCGUGGCGCGCCAGCCCUUCAAACCCGACCUGAUAGCCCAGCUGGAGCGGGAGGAGACGGUCUUGCUGGUGGCGACAGGAGCCCAGCGCGACGGGCGCUCAGGAGGCGCGGAGCAGCGAACGCUGGGUCGGACCCAAGAGCUGGGACUUAGCUCUCUCCCUCCCACGGGGCUCUCCCGCCAGACCUGGCGAGCGGCUGCGGGCGACUUACCCAAGUGCCUGGAGUCCGUGGAAAGUUUUCAAGGGAAGAAUUCCCAGUCCCAGGAACAAAGUGACUGCGUCCGCCGGGCCUGGGCGGGAGCACCGAUCCAGAUCUCUGAAGAUGGGAGCUACGUAUUGACUCACACAGGGCCUGGUUCCUGCGGUACCAAAAAUCAAGGGUUUUUACCUUCACAGUCCCAGCACCCGUGGAGGGAAAUAGGUCUGGCAGGGUCACACGACCACGGGUGUAAGUGUCAGCGGAUUCCCACGAAGAAGAAUUUGGGCGAGUGUCCCAGCGCCCCUUGGACGCCGCAUCACAGUGAUCGUCUGGGCGCGUGCAGAAAUGGGGAAAGCCACGGGUGCCGUGACCGUGGAGGAGACAUCCUGAUGGCAUCGCUACUGGACCGGGGCUCAGGUCGCACAGGACAGAAGCCCUGCGUGUGCACGGAGCGUGCGCAAGGCCUCGGUGAGAACGGGGGCUCUGCAGCUCAGCCGCAGCCCCACACGUGCAGGUCGUGUGGGGAGGACUGCAGGUGUCGCUCCGUUCCCGCUCACCCACGCAUUCAGAGGGGAGACGAGGGGGGUGGGGAGAGUCCCUGUCUGCCACCUCCACGGAGCACGUGUCCCGAGGACAAGUCCUGCAGGCGUGCUGAGUGUGGAGGCGGCCUCGGUCAGGACCCCUCUCGGAGUGCUUGGCCAUGUCUCCACGCGGGAGGCGCAUCCUGUAGGUGCCGCGUGUCUGAGAAGGCCUGCGGCCACGACUUCUGCAGCAGUAGUGUUUUUAGGGUCCCCACGGCAGAGGGACCCCACGAACAUGAGGAGAGCGGGAGCAUGUUUAGUCAGAGGUCACAUCCUCGCGUCCAUCAGCAAAUUGACAGUGAAGCGAAGGCGUCCCCAGCUGUGGAGUGUGGACGGGGUUGCUCGCGUGGCUCAGACGUUUGUGUGCAGCGUCUCGGGCACGUGGGGGCGGAUCCCUGUCGCCCCGAGGAGCGUGGCGCAGACGUGGGGCUGGCCUCGCCCUUGCAGGGUCUUCAGGUGGCCUGCCCUAGGGACCCGCUGUGCCCGUACUGUGUGUGCAGUUGCAGCCUCGGCUGGAAUUCCUAUUCACAAGGCCGUGAGAAAGGUCCCACUGGAGUGACGCCUUCCAAGGAGUGUGGCAAUGGCUUCCGCUGGCGUGCAGAGCCCGGAGAUCGGCCGGGAGUGCACGCCGGCCAGAAGCCCUACAGCUGCUCGGCGUGUGGCAAAGGCUUCAGCCACCGGUCUGUGCUGAGCGUCCAUCAGAGAGUGCACACCGGGGAGAAGCCGUACAAGUGUGCCGCGUGUGCGAAGGAGUUCAGCCGGAGCUCGUACCUGCAGGCGCAUCAGAGGGUGCACACCGGGGAGAAGCCCUACAAAUGCGGGGAGUGCGGGAAGGGCUUCAGCCGGAACGCCUACCUGCAGGGCCACCGGCGCGUGCACACCGGGGAGAAGCCGUACACGUGCGCCGAGUGCGGCAAGCGCUUCAGCCGCAGUUCGCACCUGCAGGGCCACCAGCGCGUGCACACCGGGGAGAAGCCGUUCACGUGCGCCCAGUGCGGCAAGGGCUUCAGCUGGAGCUUCAACCUGCAGAUCCACCAGCGCGUGCACACGGGGGAGAGGCCCCACAAGUGCGGGGAGUGCGGCAAGGCCUUCAGCAAGGCCGCCACGCUGCUGGCCCACCGGCGCGUGCACACCGGGGAGAAGCCGUUCCCCUGUGCCGAGUGUGGCAAGCGCUUCAGCCAGAGGUCCUACCUGCAGUGCCACCAGAGCGUGCACUCCGGGGAGAGGCCCCACGUCUGCGACGUGUGCGGGAAGGGCUUCAGCCAGCGAGCGUACCUGCAGGGGCACCGGCGCGUGCACACGCGGGUGAAGCCCUACACCUGCGGGCUGUGUGGGAAGGGCUUCAGUCAGAGCGCCCGGCUCGAGGCGCACCGCAGGGGCCACGCCACGGGGAAGCCCUACAGGUGUGCCGUGUGCACCAAGGGCUUCAGCGAGAGCGCGCGCCUGCAGGCGCACCAGAGGGUGCACGCGGAAGGGCGGCCCUACAAGUGCGAGCAGUGUGGCAAGGGCUUCAGCGGCUACUCGAGUCUGCAGGCCCACCACAGGGUGCACACCGGGGAGAAGCCCUACACGUGCGAGGCGUGCGGCAAGGGCUUCAGCCAGAGGUCCAACCUGCAGGCGCACCGGCGCGUGCACACCGGGGAGAGGCCGUACACGUGCGACGCCUGCGGCAGGGGCUUCCGUUGGAGCUCGGGGCUUCUGAUCCAUCAGCGGGUCCACAGUGGCGAGAAACUCUACGUCGGCGAAGCGCGCGGCCGGGGCCUGCCUCCCGCCGCGGGGCUGUAAAACGCUGUCCGCUUGCAGCCCUCGACUGGGGGACGGCGGCUCCUGUAGGAGAAAGAUUUUUUUUUUUUUUUGGUAAUGAAAACGUGAUGUUUUCUUUCCCGCUUCAGCACUCAGGAGGGGCAGGCCACCGGCCGCGGAGCCCUGUGGCGGGGCCGUGAGGAAUCCUGCCGGCGCCCUAACUCGAGUCACCGCGCGGGAGCCAGGGCCUACAGAUCGCAGCUCUGGUCAGGGGUUUGACAGCAGGACGGCCCACGGGCCCACGCCCACGCCCACAGAACGUGAGCCGGAUGAGGGGAGGGCUUCCAGUCCCCGCUGGGCUGCAAAACCAUGACGUUCCGUAACUCCGUGCAGACCAGUAUCUGCUAAAUGAAUAAAAAAGCAUAAAAUACAUGUGACAUGUUUGAAAGUUUUCUGAAGCUCGCUUAAAACUUACUCAAACUUAAUUUGGAGGAGAGCUGUAAGUUCUUAACGUGACUUCAGAUACAUAAGCAUCAUUCGAAAGGUAGACAUAAAAAAUAAGCGCGUCUGAAAUCACGGGGGUUUGGUUACGGCCUGGUCAGAGUUGGUUCCCGGCCUCGGGUAGGGGUGUGCAGGCUCGCUCCCCACCUGCCUCUUUCUGUCCGGUAUACCAUCUAGCCGUUUCAGUUUAGCUUUGUGUACAUGUGUGCGUACACGUGUGGGCACUUGAAAUGACAGUGGAAACGGAUCAUGUUUCUGGGUAACUUUGCAAAAAUGGAGCACUGCACUUUGCAGCAUUGAAUGUCUUGCUCCUGCUCUGUGUGUUAAGGCAGAGUUUUGCGGUAACGUUUGGAAAGCGUCGGACACGAUUCAUGACAACAAAUACUUCGAAAUAAACAUUGAAGUGAUAAUAUUGGA